AUGCGUGUAAGAGCUGCCAUGAAGAUGGCAUACCUCCUGGCCUUCGCCGUGGUCUUGCUCUCGGCGUGCAGCCUCGCCUCCUCGAGGUCGCUGCCCUCGGUCACCACCCAUGGAGCCGACGCACAGCUGGAAGGUGGCCGAGCCGCGCGCGCCAAGCUCGACCCUCCAACCGCGAAUGCCGAUAAACCGCCGGAGCUCGGCAUCCGCGACGACGGUGCCAUUCAGACUGAGAAGAAAAAGCGCCAUGCCGAGGCGCCGCCCAAGCACCACGGGCCUGGCAAACACGCUCCCCCGGCCGACCCUUCGCCGCCGGCGCCUGAUCCGGACGGCGGCCAGCCCCCGGAGGUACCUGUUCCGGAGGGCCCGCACGACCAGAACCCGCCGGCGUGGCCGUUCCAGUGGCCGCAGCCGCCACCGGGCAACGACCAGUGGCCGCCGUUCCACCCGCCGCCGCUCCCCGCGUGGACGCGUCCGGGCGACGACCGGCCGCCUCUGUCUCCGUUCCCGUUCCACCCACCGCCACUUCCUGCAUGGCCGCAACCAGAACCAGGCGACCAGUGGCCCCCGCUGCCGGCAUGGCCGCAGCCAGAACCAGGAAAGCAGUGGCCCCCGCUUCCUGCAUGGCCGGAGCCAGGACCGGGAGAGCAGUGGCCGCCGUUCCCGGCAUGGCCGCAGCCAGAACCAGGAAAGCAGUGGCCGCCGUUCCCGGCAUGGCCACAACCGGAGCCAGGAAAGCAGUGGCCUCCGUUCCCGUUCUACUUCUACCCGCCGCCGAUGCCGUCAUGGCAGUGGCCGCCAGCACCGUCUUUCCACGGCGAGGAGGAACAACACGCAUCUAGGCUGGCGCCGCCUGUUCCAGCGCACAACUGA